CUCCGGGCCACGCGGUCGCAUAAUGAAACACACCCCUCUCCGAUUGAGUAACAGCCUCAACUUUGCGUUCCGCUAACUGGACUUUUGUUUGCAAAAUAGUGAGUUAGAAACCACAACGUCAAACCUCUACUAAACAAAGACGGGUCAGCGAGAGACAUGCGACUAGACGCCGUUACGUGGACACGCAUGUAGCAGCAGAUGUGGCUUUAACUUUGUCUUAAUUUGUCGCCAUGUCUUCCAGAAAGCGUCGAAGAUGCUCCAAGGACGUGACGGGUGUUUCAUUUCCGGACGAAGUCGAAGGCGGUUCGAAACCAGCGGGCAGAGAACCGCCGUCGCUGUCAUCUGCGUCCUCCGCCAAGAGCUGGGAGAGGUGUGGAGACAGCUUCCUGGAGAAUAAUCUCCAGACAUCAGGGAGGAAACUGUCUGACAUAAGAAAGUUUCCCACUUUAGUGCAGACCGCUGCGGUCAACGAGGACCCGGUGCACAUCGCCUGGAGCUCCAGUGACGGCGAACAGUCCGAUGAUGACACCCAGGAGCAGCAGCAGCAGCUUCCUCAGAGACCAGCCAGACCUUCAGCUCCCGCUCAGUCCUACAGCAGAGCGCUGCGCAUGCUGCGCACGGAAAAAGAAGACUUUCCAGCCAUUGACACAGACAGUGACCUGGACGCAUCUGAGGGAGAUGUGGAGAAGGACAGCGGGCCGCAAAUCUCCGACUGUGAAUCGGAGCGCUCCGUUGAAAAGCCAGAGUCGCCUCUUCGACCAUCAAAUAUGACGGAGCCGGAGAUCUCGGGCUACGUGUCCGGCGGCGAGUGCGCCGCCGUCGCGGUGACGGCGAGCAGAGCGGACUCUCCUGUCCGAUCUGGUGAGGCCAGCAAGCGGUCAGUGAGUGACUGGGUGAGAUCUGCUCAGGCGCUGCUGCAGACGCCUCAGAAACCGCAGUCCAAGGCCCCGCUGGACUCCGCCAAAAAGAAGAGGAAGUUUCAAAGCGGAGGUCUUGCUGAGCGGCUGAAUCGACUGCAGGGCAGGCAGAGGUCCGCCGUCAGCUUCUGGAGGCACCAGUCCAUCUCUGACACCCCAACAACAACAACAACAACAACAACACCAGUGGACAGGCCUGGCGUGCUGGUGCUGGAGGUGCUGGAGGUUCAGGAGGAGUGCAGCAUGCAACUGGCGCGCUGCGAGCGCCGCCCGCCUCCCGGAGAGGGCCGCCGGCGCCGAGGCCCUCCCCCCGAGGGGGGCGCUCGUCUGCUGGUGUUGUUCAGCAGAGAGACGGCGGCGGGGCUGAUGCCGGCGCCCGGAGACGGCAUCCACGUGUACCCGCCAUGGCAAAUUCUCUCCAUAGAGGGCUUAAGCUGCAACGCUAUUCUGAACACACACUUCAGCCAGAAAGUCUUCUGCGCGGGCAAACUCGGCGCCGCGUCCGAUCCCAGAGGCCUUCCCUCAGCAGGCCGAUGCGGCCCGCCGUCUUUGUGCACCACCUUUGGACUGCUGGAGGCAUGCGGGGCCACGGCGGAGAUGGAGGCCGAGCAAGGCGCCGCCCCCGGCUCUCGGCGCCGCGGCGGAGGUUCGGGGUUGCUGGCGAGACGCAGCCUCUCCCUCCUGGAAGCCAUCGAGGGGCUCGGCCAGGCCGGCAGCGUGGGCCAGGACGUGGAGGUGGUGGUGCAGAGGGUUUACUCCGUCCCCGUGAGCGACGGCUCCCCUGGCUCCGCCCUGAAGGCCAGACUCCUCCCCCCGAGGUCGUCCGCGGCCCCCCCGCCGGCGGAAAAGGGCAAAACCAGGCUCUGUGUGCUCGUCCAGGACGGCUACGGGACCUUCAGCGUGGUGCAGCUCCACCUCCUGCCCCGCAGCGACGACCUCCACCGCUACUGCCGCCAGUGGCAGGGGAGGACCUGCCUGCUGAGGGGCAUUAAAGUGGUGCAACGGGUCACUCGAGAAAGGAGCACCAGGCUCUUCAGCCUGAUAGACAGCCUGUGGCCCCCAGCGGUGCCUCUCCAGGACCAUGGAGACACGGCUAGUAUGUCCCCUGAAAGCCGGUCGGCGGCUGUGGCUCCGAGGUUCUGCUACCUGCUGUCGGGCCAGGAGAGCUCCGUGGAACCCACUGGGGAUCGAACCGCGUCGCCGCUUUACCUCCCGCCCACUAAGCAAACCCUGCGAGACGCAGUGCAGAGUCCGCGGCAAACCCGCCGCUGCAGUUUUGUCGCCACUGUUCUUCACAAGAGAAAAACGCAGGGUCGUGAUGUAGGCCAGGGUGAGGUUUGGCUGCUGCUGACGGACGCCGGUCUUCAGGAGGAGCGGCGGCCCGAGGGGCCGUGCAGGCGAACCGUGGCGCUGUGUGUCAGCACUUCCUGUGCGCUCACUUCCUCUGUCCUCGAAUCGCUGAACUCCCCCGCUCCCUGUCGCAUGUCCUUCAGAGAUGCCGUCAGAGAACACGGAGUCCUCUUGUGUGCGGAGCAGUCCGUGGUGGAGGUGUGCAGCGUGGACCCGGAGUCCGAGCCUCGGGCAGAGGCCCUGCCCCGACCCGUGCGACUGGAUCCCCUGACUGCUGAGGUCACACCCAACUCCGUCUGCUCUCUCUCAGGGGUGAUAGUCGGCGUGGAUGAGACCACAGCUUAUUCCUGGCCGGCCUGCAACCGCUGUGGAAGUGACAACUUGGAGAUGUUACCGGAAAGACGUCCAAACCUGCGCUGUGUUCCUUGCGAGUCGCCGGUGGACGAGCCGGACACGAGGGUUCAGCUGGAAGUGUUCCUGAGCUCCUCAUUAAGUAAUUGCACCUUGAAGGUGAAGCUGCAGCAGAAGACGAUCGCGUCGAUCCUGAACUCUGCGGCUCUGGAGGCUCACGAGUUCCCAGGUUACGAUGUGGAGAAGGUCCUGGGAAAAGAAGUGGGGCCCCUCGCCGUUUACGUCCGAGUCGUCACCAGGAAACCGGCCCUCUGGAUCGGCCUGGAAGAGAUUUGCCUCUGAGGCCGUCGGGGAGAGAAGUGAUAUCAAUCCUCAGGCUUCAGUCGGCUCCGGGGUCUGAGCCAGAUCAGCCCUCCCCCGCCUUUCCCUCCCGAAGGCCUCACUGACAGCUUGGGGCUGCAAGAAGACAAGGUCUUGUUUGUGUUAAAAGAUACGUGAUCCUGUGGACCCGGAGUUGACAGCCCAAGGGUAGACCGGUGGCAUGCAGUCUGUCAAAGCCGCCACGCGGUUUAUCAACUGGAACUUUGGGCUCUAAACACUUUAAAAAAGAACUUUUCCCCACCGGGUUCAUCUACCUCUGUGUGUAUAUAAGAACUUGCAGUAUUAAUAAAGUUGGAUUUUUGCUGACUUCA